UAAUGUAUUUGCUUGUUAUUAUUGAAGGCCCGAACGCCCCCGAACUACUUCGUGCGCGUCCUCAGUGUCGGUGGUGAGUGAUCCGGCUGAUCAGGACCAAACAGCUCCAACGCCUGUCGAUCCCUUCAAGCAAAUCGACGCCACAGCCCAAAACGCCGCCUAUUCGGCCUCCAUAAUGGAGUGCUGCAGCGCCAGUGACAGUGACAGUGACAGCGUCAACAUGACAGAUUGUCACACGCUCGACCUGUCAGAUGCUGAAGACGUGCCGUGCGAGGAGCAGCCUCUAUGGCGAGCGGGAGUCUACACAGCCGAAGAAGCUGUAUGCGAAGCUAAGAACGCAUUAAAAUCGUUACAGUCAGCGUAUAUAAGGCAGAUGGAGAGGCUGCGCACCUUACUGCUAUCUGCGAGGAGGAAAUAUUUGACAAACCUUAAAGCUGAAAGGGAACAGUAUUGCAGUAUAAACGCCCAAGCCGUCAGCGGGCCGCUGUCAGCUCGUGAACGCCGUCAGCUGCGCAAGCUGCUGGCGUACCAGUCGUACAGGCGGCCGCAUGGCGUCAACGCCGUGUUGGCGAGGAAGCUAAACCACAAGAGAAACAAGCGCGACAACAACCCGCACCCGCGCAACCAGUCGGUGUCGCGCUGCGCGCACGCGGACGGCGGUCGCUGCGCGCGCGCCGCACUGCCGGCCGCGCGCCACUGUCUGCGCCACGUGCUGCACGACGCGCACCAGGUGUUGUUCGCGGCGUGUGGCGACACGCGCGGCCUGUGCGUGUGUACGGAGCCGAUCCCCAAGUUGCCGCUGCCGUCCUCCGCGUGCCGCUACCACACCAACCCGCCCGUCUACACAGCGUUCACACUAAAGAAAGACGAAUCGGACAGCGAGACGGAGUCCCGCACGAGUGUGGACUCUCAGGACAUCCGCGAGCUGGAGGACAACCUACCCGCACACCCUGGUUACGACUGACACGAGGGAUAUGACGUCAUGUCAUACGGGCUCGAGUAGGGACCUUAAGGGCCCGGCUCCGUGGCUCCGUUGCGUCGACAUAGCACGUUGCCAAGUUUUGACAUUUAUGUGCGUCGACGUAUGACGAAUCUCCAUAUAAGUUACACGCUGCGUUCCUACAGUGUGAACAGUGAAGUGUUAAAGUGAACAGUGCAAAAGAAUAAGUUAAAUAGUAUCGUGUGGACCCUAAAGUGGCGUUAAAUCGGGCUCCAUAGGUCCUACAGUGAGAACAUUGUAAAGUAAAAAUGUGUUGAAAAUCAAGUCUGUAAAUCUAAAUUAUAUGUGGAGCGAUAUUUGAAAGUGCUACCUAGUGUUAGUUUUAAACCAUAGAGCAUCUUAUCUGUGGUAUAAACAGGAGAUUAGAAAAAUAUAAACUGGAACAUUCGAUAAAUGAUGAAUAGAAUAGGUACAUAUACAUUAUAAUAUUUUAAAUAGACUCCAAAUUGUCCUCUAAGGACUCACUGGGCCUGGCACAGAUCUAUAUGUGAUGCUUGUUCUAUAUGCUGCUGUCUGCGGCAGCUGAUGCUUCUUGGAUAACGGUCGAUUUUUAAUUUACACAUAUUUAUAUAUUCUUAUUAUUAGAAUAUAGAAAUAUGUCUAUUCAGGUCAAAAAUUCAAAAUACAAAAAAAUUCCAUUCAUUUUCAUAUGUGUAUAUUAAAAAAGAACAAGAAAUUGGUGACAUCAUUGGAAGAUAAAUUAUAAUCAUUCCAAAGAUAAUAGGUAUAUCAGCUUGUUGUAAAUAUAGUUAAAGAUAUUGUGGUUCUACAAAAAAUUUACGAUGUGACUGCGCCACGAAUUCACUAAACGUGAGAGACAUUAUUUUCAAAAUAUUAGAUUCUCAAAAUAGCAGACUAUCAGUAACCGAAAAAGUACUAAAAGUAAAAGAAAUAAAUUAGUCGUUGCGUUUCGAGGCAACACUCGUGGGAAUUUCUGGAUGAGAAGUAGUCAUUUCAUCGUUAUUGAAAGUUCCACAUAUUGAGGGACUUUCAUAGCUCUUCGAUUUCACUAGUUAGCUAUAUAUGUUAAUAAUAAAUAAUUGAAAAAAUAUGAAAAUGUUGAGAUGAAAGAAUUCUGGAAUCGAGUGUGAAUAUUAUACCAGAACUUUUUCAUCUUAUUUAAUUUUCAAUUUUUUUUAAAAAGCAUGUGUCACAUGUACAACAAAACCAUUUAAUUAUGGAUAAAUUAUUUCGUGUUUUUGUAUGCAAAAUUUGUUUACAUAUUCGUUAUCAGUAAAAAUGACGCAUCAGACGGUAUAUUGUUUUUCGGAUUUUGAAAAAGAUUCACUCUUACUUUCGAUUGUAUUAUAAUGACUUAAAUAAAUUAUACACAUUUUCAUUGUAUUUCAUCAAACUUUACGUGACAAGCUUUUAUUAGCACAAAGCAUUCUAAUUCAUAAUCUGAUUUUGUUAGAAAAUUGCCUAAAUUUGAGAAAUAUAAUCGCUUAAUUUUGUAAUUUCGUUGUGAGAACUCAAAUAUUGUAUGAAAAUCGUUGCCAUGUUACAAAUACUUGCAUAAUAAAAUUGUCUUUCUCU